CAGACCCUGUUCAGACCCGUUGUCCCACCCAUCGACGACCUCCGCUAGCCGGGGCAAUUCCCAGGUUCCGCCAGGACAGCCUGCUUCUGACGAUCAUUGGGCAGGCCACCGAACCUCGAAACGAAGCGUGUUGGCAUGACAAACACCAUCCCUUUACCCCUUUUCAGACACAGAUAACACAAGAGGCGAAUGAAAGAACUCGGUUCCCACGCCGCCGCCGCCGACCACACUUGCCGCUGCAGAACCUCCAGCUCUCACGAAAGUACGGACAGACACCUGCCCUGCCAUAUAUCCCCAGACCAGAACGACAGCUCCGAGGCCAAUCUGUCUUUCUUGCCCUGUCGUUCCAGGCUCCCUAAAGGAUUCUCACAGUCUGCUUGCUUCCCGCCCGACUGUGGCAUCUGAGUGACCAUGUCCAACAUGUUUUCCAGCAUAAACGCACGCUUCAGGGGAACUUCUGCGAGGGCUCCAGGCCAGAAUCGGAGCCCUACUAGCACCAGUCAGCCCGACUCCCCUAGCGAUGUGCCUCAAAAUACUCCGGGUAGUCAGCCAUCUGCAAGCUCGGCACCGAGGAUACCACCUCUUCCAACCUCAGUCCCCUUGACUCAAAAUAUUGGCAUGGAUAAUACCAACGGCGGCACAUCCAAUGGGGACGAUGUUCUCAAUUCUUAUCAUCUACCCCGGCCACUGCCUCUCUGGUUGAAUGCCUCAUAUGCAAAGCAUAUUGUCAAAGGCAACUUCAUGACCUUAAGUGCUAGGCCAAAGACGGUGGAGCAAGCAGAAUGGAUCGCUCAUCAAGUGGUUGAACAUUAUCGCAAUUUAUGGAACUUUGUGCGAGUGAUUCAUGAGAAGGAUGAUGAUGGAACUACCAUCUGCAAUUCAUCAACUUGCCCACGGAUGUCUGCUGGCGCGAAUCAUUCUUUCACAUGGCUGAAUGCUAGGCGCGAACCCGUUGAGUUACCAGCGUACGAAUACAUCACCCUCAUGCAGCGCUGGAUCUCGGGCAAGAUUGAUGAUGCGAACAUCUUCCCGACUGACCCCAAUGGCGUUUCCUACGCUCACAACCCCUCCAUUACCACAGCUCCGCUCUCGCAGCUGUCCAAUCCAGGCGACAGGGACUGGAUAGGCAAGCGGAGUGGCUUCCCUGAGAACUUCGUCGAAGUUUGCCAGACCAUCUUCCGUCAGAUGUUCAGGGUCUACGCUCACCUCUACUGGGCCCACUUCGUCGACCCCUUCUACCACCUCAGCCUAGAGAAACAGUUGAACAGUUGUUUCAGUCACUUCGUCCUGACGGCUUGUGCUCUCGAUAUGUUGAAACCGCAAGAGUUGGAACCCAUGCAACCAUUAAUCGACUUAUGGGCUACUAACGGCACCUUCCCCCCUGGGUCCAAGGCAUACGACUACGCCAACCAUCGUGUUGGGGAAAGGUUGAUUGAAUUAUCGAACAACGCGUGAGGUACAUGCCUGGUCGAGAAGGGAACCAGAGGGGUAAAUCCGUAACUUCGGGCUAGACCAACCAAAGUUCCUGUUAACCCUCUUCUCUUGAACAAAUGAGUCUGUUUGUCUCUUUCUCGAAAGGCUUGGGCCAGUUCAGCAUGAUCCAUACUCGUUCCCACGCAAGAUGAGGGAAUGAAACAGGUGUUACUCCAAUUUGAGUGUCAACAGGCUAGCAAAUACAGAAGCAAAGAAUGGCGUUGUCAGUAAUGUUGGCGUUGGAUUUUUCCCUCAGGAAGAAAGAGACAUUCAUCAUAAAUUGCUACUACAUAGGAACCCAUAGCAUUAGGCGGCAUCGCAUCUGAUCACUUUGUGUCUGUCAUGUACCCAUUCAUCAUUCAUAGCCAUACAGCCAGCGAAUCGCUCGCAUGAAUAGACUUUGUCAGUGUCUAGUUGUUGAUAGUUUGCGUGUGGUAGCUCAAUACGUUUUUACGACUGAGAACUUCGGAUAUAUAGCAGGGGUAGCGAGUAUGGUGAAGCGCAAUGCAAAGCUGAAAUUUAAUCAGAUAGCUAUUCGAAAGCCUUCUUGCA